ACCAGACGAAGGGAUACCGAAGAUAUGUCGGACAUUCAAAAUAGACACCAUUCAAGUGGCCGGUGUGGGAAGUGCCAAGAUGAGUCGUUCUCAUUGUCUAAGUCCUCAAAUGUAGAAUGGCGAAACAUCCUCUGCAUUUGAAGAAUUCCUCCCCCAUAUCCUCCACCGUCGAAUUGUUUCUUUUCGUCGCUUUUUGUUCAGCGAGUCUAUUUUUGGAUGUACCAUUUGGCCCCGCACUUUCAAGUAUUCACACCACUGGCGGCCGCAGAUUAUGUACUCGAAAUCUUACGAGACCAUUGUCCCAGGUCUUUGAGAACAACGAUAGAGACUAUCCCUGUAAAUAUUUCAAAACUAACAUUAGGAGCCUCAGUGCCUUACAGCAAGGAACCGCCUCUCUUCUCGACUGUUCCUUCUCCACCUAUUUCUGGACCAAAUGGCAUCACAAAUCAUCUAUUGACUUCCUGGGUUUACUACCCUUUGCCUGAACAUGCGGUUUCCUAUACAAAACUCAUUUGAAAUUCGAUUUACUCUCUCAGGGAAGUAUCUCGACAGUUCUAAAACUUUCAACAAAAAAAAACAUUAGGCUCUAAAGUAGGCCAACGCAUCGUGUUCGCUCUGCAAGUUGACGCAAGGAAACGAUAUCCAAACAUAUCCCAAUCUACUCAGUUCAGAUUGUGCCAUUCCAGUUCUUCACUCAUAAGACACACAACAUUCCCUCUUACUUCCUAACG